CUCAAUACAAAGCUGCACCAUCUGCUCACAUUGGGGGUCAAUCUGGAAUGAUGUGCUCGUAAUUAAUGUAAUAUGUCCAGUUUUACUAAAUCUGCCCAGCAAUGGGCUACCUUUGCCAGGUCGUGGUACCUGAUAGACGCUCGGAUGCAGCCUCCAGGGAAGAUUGCCACUAUGUGUGCAAUCAGGCUACAGGGGAAACACAAACCUAUCUACCAUGCACUGAGUGAUAUUGGAGACCAUGUAGUAGUCAUGAACACCAGACACAUAGCCUUCUCUGGGAACAAAUGGGAACAGAAGAUAUACUCCUCUCACACCCAGUACCCGGGGGGAUUUAAACAAGUCACAGCCACCCAGCUACAUUUGAAAGACCCCAAAGCGAUAGUGAAGCUGGCAGUGUACGGGAUGCUGCCUAGGAACCUCUCCAGAAGGACCAUGAUGCAACGGCUACACCUCUUCCCUGAAGAUGAUCUUCCUGAGGACAUCCUUCUGAACCUGACAGAGGAGCUGCCUCAGCCCAGAGAGAUCCCUCGCAGACUGAAUGAGUACAGCCAGGAGGAACGAGAAGCCUUCCCCACUCUAUGGACCCCACCUGAAGACUACAGGAUGAAGUGAUCCAUCAGAAGGCUGUUGCUGGGCUUCUUCUUCUUCUGUCCUGUUACUAGUCCUGACAUUUACAUCUGGCUUUUGGUUUAGAACAUCCAGGUGACCUUUACGGGUACACACCACAAACCUUUAAUGUUGUCCCAAAUAAUGUACAAAAUAAACUCGUUCUCUUGUCAA